AUGCAGGUAAGGCCAGAGCUGUGUCUCCUGCUGGAAGAAGAAAGGAGGCAGGAGGGGGAUGAGAAGAGAGAAGGGCAACUGCACCCGGGAGUCCAGUUCCGCCUGUGGAAAUUUGCCAUCAGGAUUGAAGUCCUCCUAGUAAUAGCAAGUUCUCCUGAAGAGCUGGGACUACUUUUAAAUACGGGUUUAGAGAAUUUGAUGAUUGUUCCCCCACCCAGGCCGGUGAUAUUUGGAGGGAGGGAAAUAAAUCAGCUAGGAAUUCAUGGAUAUGCAUUUGCAAUUACAAAUAAUGGAUAUAUUCUGACUCAUCCUGAACUCAGGCCUCUGUAUGAAGAAGGGAAAAAGCGAAGAAAGCCCAACUACAGCAGUGUUGACCUCUCUGAGGUUGAAUGGGAAGACAGAGAUGAUGUGCUUCGCAAUGCAAUGGUGAAUCGGAAAACAGGAAAAUUCUCCAUGGAAGUGAAGAAAACAGUGGACAAAGGGAAGCGAGUGUUGGUGAUGACAAAUGACUACUAUUAUACAGAUAUCAAGGGGACCCCUUUCAGUUUAGGUGUGGCUCUGUCUAGAGGACAUGGCAAAUAUUUUUUCAGAGGGAACGUGACAAUAGAAGAAGGAUUACAUGAUUUAGAACAGCCUGAUGUCUCUUUGGCGGAUGAAUGGUCAUACUGCAACACAGACUUGCAUCCCGAACACCGCCAAAUGACUCAACUGAAGGCAAUUAAAAACUAUCUCACAGGGAAAGAGCCGUUGCUUCUUUGUGACAAAGAAUUGAUACAGGAAGUCUUAUUUGAUGCAGUGGUGAGUGCCCCAAUUGAAGCUUAUUGGACCAGCCUUGCACUAAAUAAAUCAGAAAAUUCAGACAAAGGAGUAGAAGUUGCCUUCCUUGGAACUCGGACAGGUCUUUCUCGGGUCAAUCUUUUUGUGGGGCCAGAACAACUAACUAAUCAAGACUUCUUGACAGCUGAAGACAAGGAGAAUAUUUUUAACGCGGAUCAUUUCCCACUUUGGUACAGAAGAGCUGCUGAGCAGAUUCCAGGAAGCUUUGUCUACUCCAUUCCAUUCAGUACAGAAACAGCAAACAAGAGCAAUGUGGUGACAGCAAGCACUGCCAUACAGCUGCUGGAUGACCGAAAGUCACCUGUGGUAGCAGCUGUAGGUAUCCAGAUGAAACUGGAGUUUUUCCAAAGGAAAUUUUGGACUGCCAGUAGACAGUGCACUUCUCUUGAUGGCCGAUGUUCUAUAAGCUGUGACGAUGAGAAUAUUAACUGUUACCUCAUUGACAAUAAUGGAUUUAUAUUAGUUUCAGAAGACUAUACACAGACUGGAAACUUCUUUGGUGAAAUUGAAGGUGCAGUGAUGAACAAAUUGCUAAUAAUGGACUCAUUUAAAAGAAUUACUCUUUAUGACUACCAAGCCAUGUGUAGAACAACCAAAGAAAGUAGCGAUAGUGCCCAUACCUUAUUGGAUCCUUAUAAAGCUUUCUUUGCUGCAGUCAAAUGGAUUGUGACUGAACUUGUCUUGUUUCUGGUGGAAUUUAAUCUAUGCAAUUGGUGGCAUUCAGACCUUAUAGCAAAGGCUCAGCGAUUGAAGCAAACCCUAGAACCAUGUGACACUGAAUAUCCAGCUUUUGUUUCUGAACGCACAAUCAAGGAGACCACAGGAAAUAUUUAUUGCGAUAACUGCUUCAAGUCGUUUGUUAUCCAACAAAUUCAAAAUAGCAAUCUCUUCAUGGUAGUAGUAAGUAAUGAAUGUGACUGCGAGUCAGUUUCACCAAUUACCAUGGAACCAAUAGAAAUAAGGUAUAUCCUUUUCUUCUACAAUAAUGUUAAUGUCUUAUGCUUGGAUACAAACAUUUAGCAAAUAUUUAGCUAACACUUAGUGAGACCAAUUGGAAUUAAGUUAGUUAAUAGUUAAAUCAAG